UGAAGACCAAAACGGAUACAGUUCGAAAUAGCUUCGGUGUUUGGCUUGGAAAGCCGUUGUCCGAACCUCCGUGCCCUUUUACCACUUUACCGUUGUACAUUUUCCUCUCAUUCAUCACUUUAAUUCUUCAUUCAAAUCGACUAGUUUUUGAGUGAGUGACGACUUUCAGCUGGGGCUCUGCUAUGGAUAGUUUCAGCUUUCUCGCCGACGAGAGUCCUAUCGCUAUUGCAGAUGAUAAACCUAGGGUUAAGAAGAUGGCAAAGGGAUCUAAUGUUGGAAGUGUGCCAAGGAAAAGACUAGCUGACAUAAGCAACAUGCAGCAGCCGACUAGGCUUUCAAAUGAAGGUGCAAAGCCACAACAAACUGGCUUCCUUGCAGCUCAAGCGUACAUUGACCAGCUCCACAAGGGUUUUAUUCUUCAUCUACUCCACAGGAAAAUAUGACCCUGAUGAAAAUUCUAGCAGAAAUAAAUUGAUUGAAUUAAAUGGAAUUGAGCUGCAGAAGAGGAGAAUCAAUUUGCAGAAAGCACAGCAGCAGAAUUUGCAACUUGCCAAAGCAAACAGUUCAAUAUUGGCGUUUCCUUUGAUAAUGCAGGAACUUAAUUCGGGUAAAGAUAGGUUAAGAUUACUUCAACAUGAGCUUGGAUGUGUAAACGCCCUACAUAAAGCAAGAAACUUUGUGUUAGAGGAUAAAGCAAAUAUACUGACAUGUCACACUUCUGGAAAUCAGAUAGGAGCAGAUAAGCAUGAUGAGGGAAGCAAAUCAGAUGAGCAGGACAAGAAACCUUGUAAUACAAACAGGAGACGACAAUCAAAAAAUAAAUGUGUUUCAGGUUCUUCUACUGUUAAUUCAGUCCAAGAUAAAGUUGAUAAUAAGAGGCUUUGUUUGAGAAGGCAAUCUGCUAGGUUCAAAUCUGAAGAGGCAGACCCGUCAGAGGGGAGGUUUAACCGUGAAGAACCAGCACCAGAACCAGAAAUGGCACUAGAACUGACUCAGAAUAGAAGGCAAUCGGCUAGGAUUAAAUCUGUUGCAUCAAAACCAACUAAGAAUAUAUUUGAGAUAGAUGAUGCUAAAUCUCCUGUUUCCCCUCUGAGCGGUAAACUGCUACAUGAGAGUGAUCCCACAUCAUCUGACUUAUCAGUCCCAAAAGAGCACCAAGAAGGAAACAGUGCCCAGAAUGAUCAAUCUCAAGAGACUAGGAGGAGAUCUUCCGGACGGCCCUUGCGGCAGGCAGUUGAGAAGGUGCAAUCCUACAAAGAAAUUCCUCUCAAAGUUAAAAUGCGCCGGGAAAACUGAGCAGUAAAUUUCCCCUACUGCAUAUUGCACAUUUGGUUUCCCUUGUUAUUGUUGUUUUUGUUGUAUCCGUUAUAUAAACCUUCUCAUUUGGGUACAUGUUGCUAAUUCUUUGUAAAAAUGUCUACUUCUAGCUGGCAGGUAUUCUCCUUUGUAAACCAUGGAUAGGGCAAGCAAGAAAUGAUCAAAAAUGGAAAAUUUUAGCUGAUAAAAUUGUUGUCUCCAUCCAGCUCCCAUGUUCUGUACAGUUUUACUUUAAAUAAGGAUUCCUUGUUAUAAAAAAUAGCUGUCUGUCUGCAAAGAUUUGCUUCAUGCAGCAUUGUC